UCGAUGGUUCUGCCUUCUGUAUUUGCACCACCAAAUGUUGGAGAGAACACACAGAUUCCUGUUAAGCAGAGCCCACCUCUAUCUGAUAGUCCCUGGAGAUCAAGCUCGUCUGAGUUGCUUGCUUUCUCAACGUCUCUUAAAUCUAAAAUUUCAACUGCUUCAGCCAGGUACAAGGAAUCAAUAUCAAAAGGUACACGUGAUUUUAAGGAAAAAUUGAUAGCAAGCAAUGACUCUGUCAAGGAACUAAGUAAAGGAGUUCAACGCGAGAUGAGCACAGGCAUUGCUGGAAUUUCCAGGAUGAUUGGUCGCCUGGAUUUUACCUCAAAACAAGCUAAAGUUUUUGUUCCCUUAUCCAGUGAUGCUCCUGGAACUUCAAACUCUCCAGUUGAAGGAGAAGACAACACAAACGUUCAUGCUAUUAACCAAAAUACCAGGGAAACUAAAGAUCACAUGAAAUCAGUUCCCUCCUCUAUUACUCAUCAACAGCUUCCCAGGAUGCAUAGAAGUUUUUCUUGCAGAGGUUCGCAAAAUUCACUCCUUAUUUCUUUAUAGAUACUGACGAUUGACAAGUCUCCACUAUGUAGAGAAGACUGAACUGCACAAUAGAUGAAUGUAUAGCUUAUUUUUCUUCUUUAAAAUUGCCCCGUGAUCCAAUCCAAGUUACUAAACUUUAACAUGCCAAAAGCUUCUCUAUUUUCCAUGGGUAUAAUGUUUCUUGUCUCGUAAGUUUGUAGGUUGUCUUCCUUGCCAAAAUUUCUUGCUGUCUUAAUUCUUGUGUACAUUAAUCUUAUGCAAUGAGUUCACAUUGUUGCAAAAAAGAAAUCAUCUUUCCUCUUAGUUGUUUCCUACGAGUGUGUUUUUCGUGCAUUUUCAUCAUGGUCUGAUUUUAGCUCAAUUCUUCAUACUCGAAUAUAACCUCUUAGAUUGCUUCUUUUGAAAUUUGCUUCCAGCAAAAUGAACAUUUUCUCUAUUGCAGCAUUUGCUGAAAGUACUAUUCUGAAAAUCAUGGAACAUUCUGGGAUCACGGUAAUGGAAGGUGAUCAAUAUACUAGGUUAUUAUCAGUAAAAUAGUUUUACGCGUCAAUAUAUGAAUUGACAAUGAAAAUUGUGCCCUGAAGAAUUUUAACUGUAUCA